UCUAAAAGUCGGGACAAAUAAAGAGAGCGAGCUGCCACUUUUCUCUCUCGCAUUGGCUCUCAGCUGGUCUUGGAGUAAGAGCUUUCAAUUUUCAAGCUUUUAUAUCUUCCUUUUGGAACAAAAGAUUUGAACUUUAUCACCCCAGUUCAUCAUUUCCACUAGAUUUUUGGUCGAUUUUUGGAGCGUCCCAUGCUCCAAUUGAGUGCCAAUUUUCAGACAUUUUUCUGUACAAGUUUUGGUUUUUCACAAUGAGAGAAGAGAACCAAUCGGAAACCAGAGCACGAUCGGUCAAAUUUUCCGACCAAAACCAGGUUCCGAAGUGUUCGAAUGCGAAGGGCAGCAGCAAUUCUUCAAGAUUGAGGUCUGCUUCCUCAUGGGGUUCUCACAUUGUCAAAGGGCUUGCAGGGGACAAGAAGACCAAGGCGCAGCCCGCAGUCACGAGCAAGAAACCGCCGCUAACGGGGUCUGAUUUGGCGAACCAGAAGAUGCCUUUGGCGCCGGCUCAGUCGCGCGUCAAGCGCUCGCUGAUUGGCGAUUUGGCGUGCUCUGUGAAUGCCAAUCAGGUUCAUCCUCAGAUGUAUCCGACUCACCGGAGGCAGUCGUCCCGGGACUUGUUUAUUGAGCUUGAUCAUUUGAGGAACUUGCUUCGGGAGUCCAAGGAGAGGGAGUGUCAGUUGCAGGCUGAGUUAUCGGAGUGUAAGCGAAACCCGAGGGUUUUGGAGCUUGAGAGGGAGCUUGAGGUGAAAAGGAGCGCGCUUGAUGAUUUGGCUCGAAAAGUUGAGCUGCUGGAAGAAGAGAAAACUAGUCUCUCUGAGCAAUUGACAUCGAUUUCGGAGAGGAGUGAGGAAGUGAUAUCGAAAAGGGAAGAACACGAAAGCUCGGCCACAUCAGCAUCAGGGAGUGUGGAAAUGGAGGUUUUAGAGUUGAGGCGUCUGAACAAGGAGCUGCAGCUGCAGAAGAGAAAUCUUGCUUGCAAACUUUCUUCUGUGACAUCCCAGUUGGCUUCUCUGGCAAAGGCUUCUGAGAGUGACAUCGUUGAGAAGAUCAAGGCUGAGGCAUACGUGCUAAGGCAUACGAACGAAGAUUUGUGCAAACAAGUUGAAGGUUUACAAAUGAGUAGGUUGAAUGAGGUUGAGGAGCUAGCCUACCUGAGGUGGGUGAAUUCAUGUUUACGAAAUGAGUUGCAGAACUCAUCAUCCACCACAAAUUCUGAUAAGACAUUAAGCCCCGCCUCGAUUGAAAGGAGUGGUAAAUCUGAUGGAGCACUGUCAUCUAGAAGCAGCAAGUACUUAGAAUACAAUGGUGGAAAGAGAUUGAAUCUGAUAAAGAAACUAAAGAACUGGCCUAUAGCUGACGACGAUUUGCCUAACUUAGAAAGCUCAGACGAGGAAGCAAGAAGUCCGAAAAGAAGACACUCAAUAAGUGGAUCAAGAUUCUGUGCAGAAGACUUGGUGCAGACGAAUAAGAGAAGGCAGUCUGAUGGUUUUAUGUGUAUCCAAGAAAUGGAGAAAGAUACAGAACCAGUAGUUUCUCAAGAAUAUGAUUUGGAUAUGCUUCAUGGAUCACAGUUCUUCGGAAAUUGUCACGAAAUUAACAAACUUCCAUCUUGCUUAGAUGUUGAGAAAAGGGCCUUGAGAAUUCCUAAUCCCCCUCCAAGGCCUUCAUGUUCCAUAUCUAGUGGAACCAAAGUGGAUGGUGCUGCCCAAGUUGCACCACCACCACCCCCACCACCCCCACCACCUCCUCCCAAGUUUGCGGCGAAGCCUAGCACCACAGGAGUGGUACAAAGAGCCCCACAAGUCGUCGAGUUUUAUCAUUCACUGAUGAAGAGAGAUUCUAGGAAGGAUUCUUCAAAUGGUGGAGUUAGUGAUGGCCCAGAUGUUGCAAAUGUUCGCAGUAGCAUGAUCGGAGAAAUUGAGAACCGAUCAUCACACUUGCUUGCUAUAAAGGCAGAUGUUGAGACUCAAGGGGAAUUCGUGAAUUCGUUGAUAAGAGAAGUGAACAAUGCAGUUUAUCAAAACAUUGACGAUGUUGUGGCCUUUGUGAAGUGGCUCGAUGACGAACUUUGCUUUCUUGUUGAUGAGAGGGCAGUCCUAAAGCACUUUGAAUGGCCGGAAAAGAAAGCCGACACACUACGAGAAGCAGCAUUCGGCUAUAGAGAUCUCAAGAAACUGGAGUCUGAAGUGUCUUCUUACAAGGAUGACAUCAGACUACCUUGUGAUAUUGCACUAAAGAAAAUGGUUUCCUUGUCUGAGAAGAUGGAACGUACCGUUUAUAACCUUUUCCGGACAAGAGAAUCGUUGAUGCGUAAUUGCAAGGACUUCAAAAUCCCCACAGAUUGGAUGCUUGACAAUGGAAUUUUAAGCAAGAUUAAGUUUGGCUCAGUCAAGUUGGCAAAGAUGUACAUGACAAGGGUGGCUAUGGAGCUUCAGUCGAAGGCAGCAGCGGAGAAAGAUCCUGCAAUGGAUUACAUGCUGCUUCAGGGAGUGAGAUUUGCUUUCAGAAUUCAUCAGUUUGCAGGGGGGUUUGAUGCAGACACGAUGCACGCGUUCGAAGAACUUCGCUACCUUGCUCAUCUUCUCAACAAAAAGUAAAGAGGCAAAAGGUGGUGAAAGGCUGAAAGCUUUAUGGAAAAGUUUUGGCUAACCAUCUCAGUAAGCUUCAUACGGGAAAAUGUAUACCUUCCGUAGGAAGCAUUCUGGGCAAGACAGCAUAAUUCGGCUGUAGUUUUUGUGUGACAAAAAAUGUAUACACUAUGUACUGCAACGACUUCUUGUAAGUUGUACGAUAAGAAUCAUACAAGUUAUUCAGAAUUUCAUACUGAUCUC